AGUGACGGGGCGGGCCCUGUGCCCGGAGUCUCCGGCUCUCUCCCAGCUGCUGCUGGCUCUGUGUGUGUGACAUGCAGCAGCAGCCCCGGAGCCCGCUCCCCGCCUGACCGCACCGGAGCCGCCUCCCUCUCACCGUGCCCUGCCGCCGCCUCACUCCCCCGGGGAUGGGAGCUGCGGGCCAGUGACUGCCAUGGCAGAGGGGCCGGACAGGGGCUGCGAGCUGUGCCCGGAGCAUGGCCGGGGCAGGGAACGUAGGAGUGGGGUGACUGAGGUCAGCCUGCUGGAGGCAGCCAAGUCUGCGCCUCGGAGGAGCAGCAUCAUCAAGGAUCCCGCGAGUCAAAAACCUGGCAGAAAGAAAACCGUGUCCUUCAGCAGUAUGCCAUCAGAGAAGAAGAUAAGCAGCGCCAGUGACUGCAUUAGUUUUAUGCAAGGUGGGUGUGAACUGAAGAAGGUUCGUCCAAACUCUCGGAUCUACAGCCGUUUCUUCACACUGGACACCGAUCUGCAGGCUUUGCGCUGGGAGCCCUCUAAGAAAGACCCCGAGAAAGCCAAGCUGGACAUCUCUGCCAUCAAGGAGAUACGGCUAGGUAAGAACACAGAGACCUUCAGGAACAAUGGACUGGCUGACCAAAUUUGCGAGGACAGUGCGUUCUCCAUAAUUCAUGGAGAGAACUAUGAAUCUUUGGACUUGGUGGCUAACUCAGCUGAUGUGGCCAAUAUUUGGGUGUCUGGUCUAAGGUACUUAGUCUCUCACAGCAAACAACCAUUGGACUUAGUAGAAGGCGGGCAGAACACCCCAAGGUUCACGUGGUUAAAGUCUAUUUUUGAGGCCGCUGAUGUGGACGGAAAUGGCAUUAUGCUAGAAGACACAGCGGUUGAGCUAAUUAAACAACUCUCCCCUGCAAUCAAAGAAACAAAGGUUAGGUUAAAGUUUAAGGAAAUCCAAAAGAGUAAAGAAAAGCUUACUACAAGGGUGACCAAAGAAGAAUUCUGUGAAGCCUUUAGUGAACUAUGUACAAGACCAGAGGUGUAUUUUUUACUAGUGCAGAUAUCUAAAAAUAAAGAAUACCUAGAUGCAAAUGAUCUCAUGUUAUUUUUAGAAUCCGAGCAAGGAAUGACUCAGGUUACAGAAGAUAUGUGUUUGGACAUAAUACACAAGUAUGAGCUAUCUCAGGAAGGACGCCUAAAGGGCUUCCUCACCAUUGAUGGUUUCACCAAGUAUCUGCUCUCCCAAGAAUGUGAUCUAUUUGAUCCAGUCCACAAAAAGGUUAGCCAAGACAUGACCCAGCCAUUGUCACACUACUAUAUUAACUCCUCGCACAACACAUACUUAAUCGAAGACCAGUUUAGGGGUCCAGCAGAUAUUAAUGGCUACGUGCGGGCACUAAAAAUGGCCUGCAGGAGCAUUGAGCUUGAUGUCAGUGAUGGGCCAGACAAUGAGCCAAUCAUUUGCAACCGUAACAGCAUGACUUCACCACUGGCCUUCCGUAACGUCGUUGAGGUUAUAAAUAAAUAUGCCUUCAUCUCCUCCGAGUAUCCUCUUAUUAUUUGCAUUGGAAACCACUGCUCAAUACAGCAGCAAAAAGUCAUGGUGCAACACAUGAAGAAGAUCUUUGGGAGCAAACUGUACACAGAAAUGCCUUUGCCAGCAGAGUCCUACCUUCCCUCUCCUGAAAAACUAAGAAGGAAGGUUAUUGUAAAAGGUAAGAAACUGCCUUCAGAUUUUGACCUCUUAGAAGGAGAAGUGACGGAUGAAGACGAGGAGGCUGAAAUGUCCCGAAGGAUGUCGGAAGACUACUUUGGAGAACAGAGACUGAUAAAGCUUUGUAGAGAGCUAUCGGACUUGGUGUCAAUUUGCAAAUCAGUGCAAUACAAGGAUUUCGAUGUCUCAAUGAAAAGCCAAAACUAUGGCGAGAUUUGCUCCUUCAGUGAGAGCCAAGCUAGUAGGAUCGCUAAUGAGUAUCCAGAGGAUUUCGUAAACUACAACAAAAAGUUUUUAUCGAGGGUCUAUCCAAGUCCUAUGAGGAUAGAUUCCAGCAACAUGAACCCACAAGAUUUUUGGAAUUGUGGUUGUCAGAUCGUAGCUAUGAACUUUCAGACUCCAGGUCCGAUGAUGGACCUCAACAUUGGCUGGUUUCUUCAAAAUGGGAGUUGCGGGUAUGUUCUUCGGCCAUCUAUUAUGCGAGAUGAAGUAUCUUAUUUCAGUGCCAACACCAAGGGUGUUGUGCCUGGUGUAUCUCCUCAGGUUCUCCACAUCAAGAUCAUCAGUGGUCAAAACUUUCCAAAACCAAAAGGUGCAUGUGCAAAGGGGGAUGUGAUAGACCCUUACGUGUGCAUCGAAAUUCACGGCAUUCCCGCGGACUGUGCAGAGCAAAGGACUAAAACGGUUCAGCAAAAUGGCGAUAAUCCCAUUUUCGACGAGAGCUUUGAAUUCCAGGUAAAUCUCCCGGAGUUGGCCAUGGUUCGUUUCAUGGUCCUCGAUGAUGACUACAUCGGAGAUGAAUUUAUUGGUCAAUACACUGUGCCCAUCGACUGCUUGCAGCCUGGGUACAGACAUGUGCCACUGCGUUCUUUUGUUGGAGACACGAUGGAGCAUGCUAAGCUGUUUGUUCACAUUGCAAUCACCAGCAGAGGAGGGGGAGGGAAGGCGCAGAAACGUGGACUGACUGCAAGGAUAGGGAAGAAAGCCAGGGAGUACACCAUGCUAAGAAACACCGGCCUAAAGGUCAUAGAUGACAUCUUUAAACUUGCUGUUCAACCGCUAAGGGAAGCCACCGAUGUCAGGGAAAACAUGCAGAAUGCAUUGGUGUCGCUAAAGGAACUCUGCGGACUUCCAACCAGCUCAACCCUGAAACAGUGCACGUUGUCUUUCGUGUCACGUCUUGUGAACAGCGACAACACACCCUCGGUGACCCUCAUCAUGAAAGACACGUAUCCUUGUCUGGAACCAAUAGGGGCGGUGCCCGAUGUUCAGAAAAAGCUGCUCAGCGCCUAUGACAUGAUAAUACAGGAGAGCCGCUCUCUUAUCGAGGCAGCGGAUAUCAUCUACGAGAAGAUUCUGCAGUGUCAGAAAACAGGGAUGGAAUUCCAUGAGGAACUGCACAGGCUGGGAACAAAGGAAGGACUGAAAGGAAGGAAACUCAGUAAGGCCAUCGAAAGCUUUGCCUGGAACAUCACCGUGUUAAAGGGGCAGGGAGAUUUACUGAAGAACGCCAAGAACGAAGCCACGGAGAACAUGCGGCAGAUUCAGCAGGCCUGUCUUUCCAGUGGUCUGGGCAAAGCCUCCAGCACAGCAGCCGACGCAAAAUCCAAGCGCGGCCUGCAGGUGAUAGCGGAGAAGGAUACUGGGGAUGAAAAUGGGCGUUUGUGAGCCCUAGAAAUUCACCAUGGCAACCGGCCUGCCAGGGCUGCUUAUAGUCUCUACAGGGUAAUCCAAUACAUGCAUCCAUCCAUCAUCAGUGCACUAUAUAUGACCAGGUCAAUGGUUCCAUGCAUUGUGAUAGAACCAUGUCUAUGCCUAUUUCCCACCAUUGAAAAAUGACAAUUGCGUGAACAAGGAAGGGAUAUACUUCACCACUGACCACAAAGGUUUAUUUUAUCAUUAAAUAAAAAUCAAAAAAUACCAAACUGUGCCAUUUGGCCCUCACCGUAAUACAGUCUGUUUUCAUUAAAUUGGCACAUACUUCGGAUUUAGGAUUAAAGACAAAAAAGCCUCUUGUCAAUUGCUGUAUAAGAGAUACCCUUUCCGAGCAGUCCUGGGGCGUACCAGAGAUGUACUGGCUAAACUCACCAAGGACCACUUAUAACAAAUGAAGUUAUUCUUAUAGUUCUACGAGAUGUGAUGUUAUAUAAUAGCAGAGUUUAGUUAUUAUACCAGAAACUGUCCUCCAGAUACAGGAGAGGAAAUCCGGCACCAAUGAUCAGGGUAUAAGAAGGAUAAGACGAGGCAUCUGAAGACCGUCGCUGGGAGGAGAAGUUGCGCAUCCACACCGCCGUGCGUCUAACACUGGUUACUGUAUGGCAGAGACCAUCCCUACCAUGAUAUAUAUAUAUAUAUAUAUAUACAGCGCCGCUGGUUGUGUUACAUAUUUUCACUAUAAAUAAUACUCUAACGUUCUAACAUUUCACUUAUUCCAUAACUACAGUAGGAUGAUGUAUCUGUCGAACGUAUGCUUUUUAUGUGUAUGUUACUUGGGUCAUGUGAUCUUCCACUUUACACCUGUGAUCCUGUUCUUUAGUGGCUUAGGUACAAGUGUAGCCCGUGACAAUCGACAGAAAGGUGACUUAUUUGGUGCAGUGUUGUGGGCUACAUAGCUGCACCCCAAACCUUAGUUCCAAAGAGCCAUAGGAAGCUUAUAGAUGGCACUCUAUUGUAGUGUAAGGGAGACGCACAGGGGGGACAUGUACAAACACUGCACAUAACGCAUCCUGCUUCUCAUUCGCUGAUCACCCAUUCAGUGCAGGAAGCCAAAGUGGGGGUGAGGAAGCGCACCCCUCUAGCAAUUACAGCCACUCCUGUAGCGUAUCAGCCUAGCGCUGAUUUAAUAUGUCCUGCCUACUGGCGCCAACGUUGCGCAUGUCUAGGAUCUCAGUGCGAGGCUGGCGGCACAUGCGCGUAGUCAGGAGGCGGAGGUGGCAGGACUGGUAAGUUACACAGGAGCGAGCCAAAAACCCAGAAAAAGAGUUUAUCACCGUUUGCCCUAUGUACCCCCAUAGUGACAAUGGUGAAAUCUAAAUCAAUAGAAUAAGCAAAGAUGCUUCUUUGGCUAUUAUUUUAUGUAAUUAUUGGUUCCUUACUGUAGUUCCAUAUAGCUUUUACUGCAUAGCAGUAUUAGUAUUGUGAAAGCCUUGCACAUGCAGGAGGCUAGAGCUCCACUAUCUAGUUUGUGACAGUCAACGGGUUCAGCUGUGAAAGUGGGAAUGUACGUAAAACCCACUCCGCAACAUAAAAGCCCAGUAAGCAGACCUGUGCAUCUAUACCUGCAUAACGUGCUGUAUUGUGCCCUUAUUCAGCGCACAGUAAUCAGUAAGACAACAGAACUAUACAGACAUACAGUAGCUUCCAUUCAGAAAUGUUCAGCACCGGUCACUGCGGAUCUUGCCGCCUACCCGCUUACGCUGGGCAUUCACCUCAUAGAGGUACAUUUACUAAGCAGUGAUAAGAACGUAGAAGUGAGCCAGUGGAGAAGUUUCCCCAUCAACCAAUCAGCAGCUCUGUAUCAUUUUAUAGUAUGCAAAUUAUAGAUGUUACUUCAGUGCUGAUUGGUUGCCAUGGGCAACUUCUCCACUGGCUCACUUCUCCGCUCUUAUCACUGCUUAGUAAACGUACCCCAUAGUCCCUUUUUGCUAAAUGAACUUUACUUGGUUUCAUUUCGGGUACCAACUUUUUACAUACAAAAUAAUAAGUAUGCAAUGCAAAAUAAGGUAUAUGCAUCAAAUUCAUAAGCAACAUUUUCCUCAUUAACUGCAGGGUAAUUAUUUAUUGUUUUAAAUCGCAUUACGUCCCCUGUUGUCCAUGCUGGCGACUGUCUAGCACUGGCAGUACGUCUGACAGGCAGUGUCUAUACAACUAUAUGUUGUGCUUUACACGUAAUCAUUUGUGAUAGACUGCUAUCUGAAUAUGUUUACAUACAGUAUAGCUGUACCUUCCACACAGUGCCGGCGGCCAUUUUGCUUGCUGAGGCAGAUUUCAGGUGAUGCAGCACUCUGGGAAACAGUGUAAUCACUGAUGUGAAGUCCAUGUAAUAUGGAAACAAAAUUGCUGCCCUUGCUGAUUAAGUGAACCAAUAAGUGUUCUAUGAACCGUUUCAGAUUACUUGGUUGAAUUACGUCUUUCUUUGGCUCUUGGGGACUACAGAAGGUUUGAACACCAGUCUUUGAACGUAUAUUAUCAGGUAGUUAAGUAUUAAAAAUAUGUCAAUAAAUGGUAUAGGGAAGUAUGGAGAAUUGUCUGAUGCCACAGAUGCAGCAGGGUACAGAUGUGAGUGAGCAAAUGAAUGAGAGGCUGGACUGCAGAAUGGCAGUGUGAGAGGGCAGGCCAAUGAGAAGCUGAAGUGUCAGUGACUUGGGCUUCUCAUUGCUCCUUCCCCCUUCUUCCAAAACAGCCCACAGCCUCAGUUUUCAACCAGGGAUGUGAGAUUAUAGAGACCAAGGAAACAUGGAGCCUUGGGUUCCGGGGAGGAGACGUAGGAGGAGAUUUAUCAAAGCUUGGAGAGAGAUAAUGGUCCAGAUUUAUCAAGCCUCGGAGAGUGGUAAAUUGCACGGUGAUAAAGUACCAGCCAAUCAGCUCCUAACUGCCAUGUCACAGGCUGAAUUUGAAAAAUGACAGCUAUGAGCUGAUUGGUAAUUUAUCACUCUCCAAGGUUUGAUCAAUCUGGGCCAAAGAAUGAACCAAUCCGCUUCUACCUGUCAACUGUCAUUUUACAGGUUGCGAUUUAUCUCUCUCCAAGGCACGAUACAUCUCCCCCAUAAUUGAGGUAGUAGUGCCACCUUAAGGCUUCACUUUUACAUUUGAGGAAUUCAUAUAAAAUUUAGCCAGUUGUUAGUUCUGCCGCAGCUCAGUCUCAAUGUACUGUGGUGGCAUAGCAAGCGCCGGUGCCCGCUGACAGAGGUAGUCAGCCUGUGGCUCUCUGGUGGUUGGCACUGGAUGACACAGCGUGCUCUGACUUACAUAUCUCACAACAUUCCAGGAUACAAGCUUAGCACCAAACAGGCCGUGCUGAUGUUACACCAACAAACCACCGAGCCAUGCCUCAGUCGGACGUCACCACCUCAUGCCCCAUGUGCUUACACACCUUGUCCUAUAGAGAUUAUGACGACACAGUUUGGCGGUAUGGACAUAUGAGCGUUGUAAGGUUUUCCAAGCCUGCUCCUAAUUAACUUGCGGAGGAGUAUAACACCAAAUAGAAACAUUGAUAAAUGAAUUGUGCCUAGUUUUAGCUCCUGCGUCUGAUAUACAGUAUACGUAACCUCUAAUGUCUCUGGUACUUUUGCUUCAGUGUGGUAUUUUUGUGCUCAUUCAACAAUUUUGUUGCCAGAGGGAUGGACCAGUAACAAAAACUCAUGGAAGUUCAAGUAGGUUCCCCUCCCACCAGGGGGAGGUAUAGUUUAUGUAUAGUCCUCUUUCCGGAGUCCGGCCUUACACAGUAAUAGAGAGACAACAACGCCCAGGACAGCCAGUUGGACGUCGCUGUGUUAGAGGAAUAUGCGUAUGCUAUACGGCAUCUUGGUGGGAAUAGGGACUACUGGGAACCUAGGGAGAAGGCCCCUCCGGCGGCUUCAGAAGUGUUAGUGGGGCUGUGUGUUCUCUAGAUUAAGAUUAGAAGCAUAUAUAUAUUUAUUGAAGAGCACAGCUUUUAUUUUGAAAAGCUCCCUUUUUAAUGUAUUUGAUGCAGAAGAUAUAAUGUGCUGACUUUCUGGACUGAAGUCGUAAUUUAAUUUUUUUUUAUUUUAUCUUCGUGUUAAUCCCUUUAUAUUCACGAAUGUCGGCAACCGAUUGCAAAGCCUCUUUGGCAGUGAGGGGGUUAAUGUAUUCUCGUUUUAUGAUUAACACUAACAUUUUAUUUUGCACAUUACUGGAAAAUAAACCCUUCAACAAAAUAAAAAAUAAAAUAAAAAGUAUAA